AUGAGCAGCCAGAUAAGGAAGAAGGCUUGUUUUUAAAAAAUAUUGGCGGUGUCAUUUUCAACGUUAGCUUCAUUCAAAACUAUAGUUUACUUUUAUUUGUUUAGAAAUGCGAGCUUCGGGUUGUUUAUUCGGAGAUAUUGCAGCGUCGUCGAGGAAAUGAAAGUGGCGUGCCCACGGAGACGAAAGUAACGCUUCAGUCACGGGCAAACAAGCAAACGCAAUGUCAAGUAACGUCUGCAGCCACGUGAAGGUGGUCGUUCGAGUGAGGCCGCCCAACAACAGCGAGAGGUGUGAAAAGUUUCGGAACGUGGUCCAAGUCGUGGAUAACCACAUGAUCAUAUUCGACCCAAAAGAAGAGGACGUGUCAUGCUUUGGGUCACAAAGGGUUCGGAACAGGAACAUCAACAAGAGGGCCAACAAAGACCUGAAGUUUGUUUUUGAUCAUGUCUUCGGCGAGAGCUCCACUCAAGAUGACGUGUUCGAGAAUACCACGAAAGGAGUGUUGGAUGGCGUCAUGAAUGGAUUCAAUUGCACAGUUUUUGCUUAUGGUGCAACUGGAGCAGGUAAAACGCAUACCAUGCUAGGUACGCAAACGCAACCCGGGGUCAUGUACCGCACAAUGAAGGAGCUUUUCAAGCGCAUGGAUGACGCCAAAGAGGAGAAGGAGUUUGCCGUCGCCGUGUCAUAUCUUGAGGUUUACAACGAACAAAUCCGAGACCUCUUGGCAAAUGCAGGUCCUCUUGCGGUGAGAGAGGACAGCGUUAAAGGAGUGGUGGUUCAGGGCCUCACGCUGCACCAGCCAAAAUCUGCCGAGCAGAUCCUCGAGGCAUUGGAUUCAGGCAAUCAAAACCGGACACAACACCCUACCGACAUGAAUGCCACCUCUUCCCGGUCCCACGCUGUGUUCCAGAUAUAUUUACGACAGCAGGAGAAAACGGCCAACCUCAAUCCCAAUGUGUGCGUGGCCAAAAUGAGCCUCAUCGAUCUGGCGGGCUCCGAGAGAGCCAGCGCGACCAACGCCAGGGGGCAACGCCUGCGAGAAGGCGCCAACAUCAACCGUUCGCUCCUCGCCCUGGGGAACGUUAUCAACGCUCUGGCCGACCCCAAGAGCAAGAAGGCCCAUAUACCAUACAGGGACAGCAAACUCACUCGGAUACUUAAGGACUCUUUGGGAGGCAACUGCAGGACCGUCAUGAUCGCCAAUGUGAGCCCUUCGUCCAUGUCGUAUGACGACACUCACAACACACUGAAAUACGCCAAUCGAGCCAAGGAGAUCAAAUCUUCGCUGAAGAGUAACGUCGUAAGUCUGGACAGUCACAUUGGCCAGUAUGCAGUCAUAUGCGAGAAGCAACGCCAAGAGAUUGUACAAUUGAAACAGAAACUGAAAGUAUACGAGGAGAAGAAUGUGGCAUUUGUUGCAAACACGAUGUCGUCCCAGAAACAAGCAGACUUCAAAAGGGUGUCGGAAUCCCUGCAGCAAAUUUUCUCCAGCCGUGCCCAAAUCAGGAGGGAACAGCUGGAUCUGGAGAGACAACUGAAGGAGAAUGAGCUGCGCCAGCGCUACAGCGAGGAGGACAACCUGCAGGUCCAAUAUAUUUCCGCAAAGGAGAAGACUGACAAGGCCACUUGUAAACACGAGCGGAAGAUUGCCAUGCUCCGCACUCAGCAGCAGCACAUUUGGGAACGUCUGAAGGAAAAAGAAAUCCGCUUUCAGGAAAACGACGGCCGGCUUCAUCGCGCGGAGAACGAGAUGAAAUUGUUGAAGUCAAACGAUCAGGGAUCCGAGGUAUUAGAAAAGGACUUGCGUUGUCACAGACUGGAGCUUCAGGUGAACGACCUCGAUCAACACAUCAAGCAGAUGAUCCGACUCACUGCGCUUCAGGAUCAGGAACACAAGCGCAUGCAGAAAAUGCUCAACAUGUUAUUGCCGGCGUACGGUCGACUCUACGCCGCGGUGCGUGACGCCGGGCUGGUCACCGCCCACGAUGAGUUGAAGAAGAACGAGCUGGAGCAAUUGGUGCUAAGAGAAAGAGGCGUGGUCUGGGCGGACCAGGAAGGAGCGAGCCAGGACGUAAAAGCAUCAUCUGGCGGAGAAACAAUGCAGGAGUCCAAGGACCAAGGAAGCGAACUAGCGCCUGUUCUGUCGUUCUCGCAACUGCUCUGCCACCAGAGCAGCCCCUGUAGUGCAGAGGGACAGACAAAGAGAGCAUCCUUGAUCAAAAAUGCACCAUCUCCAAAAGAAAUACAAAGUCAUCCAGGUAUGAAGCACCCAGACGCAAGACCUCCCCGAAACCUCUCUGUCUUGUUCCCACCACAAAGCCCCCGGACUGUCUGCCAAAAUUCCCACGGCUUUGAAGAGGGCAUUGUUCCUCUCCCGUGCACGCCAGAACCGACUCAAAGACCCGUUCAGGCCGUUCCGUCCAGUUUCCCCAACGGCUUGGAUCCAAACAUGACCUUUGAAGUUGCAGAAGAUCCAGGCAAUCCAACCAUCAUACUUAGCAACUGUGGACCCCCUAAAGCAUUGAAGUCUGUGAAUCUUUCAGCUAGCAGUCAAGUCAUCAAUCCUCCCAAAGCCGAUGAGGCCAACCAGGUUCCUCCCAAACGACAUCAGAACUCCGCCUCUUUCCAAGCGAGACGGGCCAACCCAACCUACAUGGACAUGACGUCUGCAGCGCAAGGAAAACGUAAACUCAACCGCGUGAGAGAUGAGUAUCCGUCUGCACCAAAACGCAUAAAGAAAGGCCCCUCCGUGGCCCCCAGACCAGUCAGAGUGCAUCAUUUCUCAGGUUCCGAAGAAAACAGACCUCGGCGAGUGGUUGGGAGCGUUUCCCAAGGAAAUCUCAACCUUCUUCCAUCUCCCAAACCCACGUCGCUUUUUUAUAAAACAUCCCAGCAGUUGAAGAGAUCGACUAAGCGCAUGUAAACUUUUUUUUUUUCAAGUAGCAUUUUGUAGGUGUUGUGUGUUUUUAUUAUUAAAAAUAAACAAUUGUCCCUCGUACAUGAAAAGGUUAUUUCUGAUAGCAAUAGGCUCCUUUUCGAAUCCUUGCUCAUAGCAAAGGGUAACACUUCCAUGUACAAUACAUGGCAAGAGCAAGAUCAUUAAUAAUUAAAAUAAUUAACCACUUGGCGGUAACAAAGUCGCUACCCCAACCUUCCAUAAGU